GUGACAGUAAAAGGAAGAUAGACGUCAUGGCUCAGCCGUAUAGGUUUUUUGACGACGGUGUGCUUCGUCCGAGCGCGGCAGCUACGCAGCACGACGAGCCAGGGCAGCUGCAUCAGCAACACCAGACUUCGUCAACGGGUGGCCCCCCGCCGGGCGGACCGCCUUCUUCCUCCACACCGUCGGCGCACCAGCGUGAUGAGCCCCCGCUAUACCCUCCGUCCUACGGCACCACCGGGGAAACGCCUGGGUUGCCCAAGUUUUUCCCGAAGAAUGCAGAUGAUCCGGAGGGGUCGUAUGGGAUGUAUAGAUGUUAGAAUGGUUUUCAUACCGCUGCUCUAGUACUAGUAGUGCUUGCGCUUAUUUUUACGAUACAUCAUUACGACGCAAUUGAAGGAGCGUUUAUACGAACAUGACAAGUUGAAACAAGUUUCACGUUGAGAAAAAAACAACUACAUACAGCCCGUUGACCAAGACAUUCUUUUGGAUGGGUCUCGUUAGUUCCGUGGUGAUUCCGACGACACUGUACGAAUUCACCGUCGGAGUCAGCUGCGCACAGGAAAACACGCUGCUCGGAUGGAUAGUUUUUGGUACGAUGAAGUAUAGAAUUUUUUUCGUGGUUGGUAAGAACUUGGCGAUCAUGCCGAAGUCUGAUGAAGAUAAGUCAGAUCGUCUUCGCAUGGUGUCGUGAAGAGGACUGACAAAUAAAUAUUUUGACUUGAUGUUGAUGUGAGAUCGAUGGCAAAAAUUUGAAUUAUCACUCCUAAUUCACCCCACUGAAAUUAUCAAACUCCAGGUUUGCUCGGUUGCGCGCCGACGGCCUAUGUGCUUCCCUUGGCAAAGAACUACCUGUGUUUUUCCGCAUUGGGCUCCCUUUCCCUCGCGGGUUUUGCCGCUCUUUUGGUGCUUUUGUGGAUUUGCGGUGGCGCGUGGCUGCUUUUCAUCCGAUAUGCAUUGCAAAAGUAUCGUACUCGUAUGAAUGCAUUAGAAAUUUCCUCAGCGUGGGAAAUAAAAUUUGUAACGCAGAUUUAACUUUAGAGAAAUUCAAAUUUGUAAUGCAUGAAUGCGAUUAGUACGAGGAGGCACGAUACUUUUGCACAGGAUAUCCGGCCCCCGACCUGCCAGCAGACCGCCCUCUUUUUCACCACAGUAGUGAUGGUAGUGGUGCACUUUGUCGGCCUGAUCUACGGAUUUGGUAAGCGGGUUCUCCGGAGACUCGGUGCGAAAUUUUGA